UCUAACUAGAAAGUGCUGGGGCCGGUCAUGGGGCUGCUUCCUCCAUCGCCCUCUCGCCACAUGCUCUGGAGUGACCCGUUUUCAGUGCUAAGAGGGUAAAUAGAUCCCGGCUGGACCUUCACUACGGUAAUAUUCCAGGGUUUUCAUUAAUAUUAGUGUCUAAUCUCUACAUAUAAUACUUUUAAACUUGCGCAACAUCCCCCACGGCCAGAGGAAAUAGAAGCCUGACUUGAAAUGGUUUCAUAGAAUCAAGUAAGUUUGGGCAUUUACCUGGACGUAAGUCUUCUGGAAAAUACUACAGUGAAGGAAUUGUUAAACUACAGAAAACAUGAUCACCUGUAAAACAGGAGUGCCUUAUUUGGCUUUUAUAACGUAAUUUAUCUUGCAGUGUGUGAACUGAAGUCUCCCUCCAUGAGCGACUUUCUGUGGGGACUGGAGAACUCUGGCUGGUUAAGGCACAUCAAGGCCAUCAUGGACGCAGGCACUUUCAUUGCCAAGGCAGUCGCAGAGGAAGGGGCCAGUGUGCUCGUGCACUGCUCCGACGGCUGGGACAGGACCGCGCAGGUGUGCUCCGUGGCCAGCCUCCUGCUGGACCCGCACUACCGGACCCUGAAGGGCUUCAUGGUAUUAAUUGAAAAGGACUGGAUCUCCUUUGGCCAUAAGUUUAAUCACAG